AAGAUUUAAAAAAAAAUAGCAUAUGGCCAUUCUGCAAGCAGCAGUGCUUUUUAUUUUCUUAACCCAACUAUUAGUCCUCACAAGAGCUGCGGGUUGCCAGCCGUCCACGUGCGGCGAAGGCGGGGUGUCCGUACGAUUCCCCUUCGGUUUAGAAAAUCAGCCCUCUUUCAUGAGCUGCGCGUAUGAUCCUCUGUUCACUCUCCGGUGCAGCAAUUCCAGCGGCGGCAGCCACUCCUCAUCGCCGCCACCGCCGGUGGUUUUCAAUCUCCCCUCCUCCGGAGACUUCUUCGUCCGCAGCAUCAACUACUCCGGCCAGCAAAUCCAGCUCUACGACCCGCAGAACUGCCUCCCGAGGAGGUUUUUGAAACUCGACCUCUCCUUCUCCCCUUUCGCGCCGCUGCAUUACCGCAACUAUACUUUCCUCCGGUGCCCCAAACGCGCCGCCGUGAAGAAGGCCGCGAACUCGUCCUCCUUCUCCGUCAUAGGAUGCCUCGGCAACUCGUCCGUCUCCGUGAUUGCGACUUCUUCCGCGAGGGCCGUGACGGCGUUGAGCGCAGUGUGCGAGACGUUCGCUGCUGAUUUGCGGGUCCCGGUUUCCGGUGAUGACGUGGACUGGGUUUCUUCAUCCUCUGAUUUUCGACUGGGAUGGAGUUCGCCGGAUUGCAGGUCGUGUGAGGCGGAGGAGGGCGGCGUUUGUUCAUUUGCUCCCUAUGCAGAUUAUACCAUCCAAUCCAUCGGUUGCAAUUUCGACAAUACCACCGCCGCCAUUCCUCCACCGUCUGGCAGGUCACUAAGGAGAAAGGGGACUAGGAUUUUCUUGAUUAGUGCAUUGUGUAUAGUCCUCCCGGCUGUUAUAGCCAUGGUUUGCAUGAGGUGUUUCAUCCAUAUAAGGAAGGUAUACAACAGACGUCCAUACCAUGGCUCUGGGAGGAAUAGAAGGCAGCAGAAUAUGGUGAUGGGGACUCCGACGACUGCUACCCAAACACAGCAGGCACUGAAUCCUAUAGCACGACCAAAUCCGGUGAUGAGGACAACAAGAACUACUAAUCAAACACAGCAGCCGCUGAAUCUCAUGGCACUACCGAAUCCGGUGGCAGGGACCACAAGACCCACUAACCAAACACGGCAGGCACCAAGCUCUGUGGCAAUACAAAAUCCACUGGAGUCAGAGACAGCCACUUCAAGUAGCCGGCCGACGAACAUAGAUAUAAGAUUGUACUACACGCAGAGAGUGUAUGAAAAUGGUGGGAGACUGCCACUGCCAGGGCAGAACUCUUGUGCCAUCUGCCAAGAAGAUUACCAGCCAGAACAAAAACUAGGCUUAAUGCAUGGCUG